GUUACCACGAAUAUUAUUCUGUUACCCUCGGUCUCUGUAAGAGUGCGACCCGUCUCAAUCUAACCCGCCUUCUACCGCCGGAGCCAGCCGUCGCGGGCGAGCGAGCGACGGCGGCAGCCAGAGCGAGGGAGCCCACGGCGCCGUGACGGGUAGCUCCUCCGACACACGCGCUGCCGCCGGCUGGCCGUCCGCACGCCUCCCCGCCGACGGGCUCGCCGGCCCCUUCCCGCGCACCUUCCCUCCGACGGGCGUCGCUCCCUCCACGCGCACCUCCCCGUCGAUGGGUGUCGGAUCACGCCUCCCCUCCAACGGGCUCCCCGGCCCCUCCCCGCGCGCCUCCCCUCCGACGGGCGCCGACGCCUCCCCGCCGACUGGCGCUGGCCCCUCCCCGUCCGCCACCCCCAGCUUCGAGAGCCGGUGCCCAUCCACGGAUUCGAGCGCCGCCGCCCACACCCGGAUUGGAGGGACGGCGGCCUUCCUCUCGACUGCCUCCACCGUGACUCCAGGUACCCACCUCCACUUCGCCGCCGUUCACCAACAUGGGCACCACCGCCUCCCCCGUGCUUCCUCCCGACUGCUUAUCCCUGCGCGGUCGGGAACCAGCCCCCAUGCACUGCUUCAGCGUAGUCCCCGUCCAGGCCUAGGUCGAGUGCGGAGUGCCGCUCCAGUUCGUACUUCGGCGCUGCGGCAUGCGGUAGGGAUGCAGAAGGAACACCUCGGCUUUGGUGGGCAAGCACACCACGAGGUCCUUGUUGGGAUGAGAGGGAUGACUAGAAUGCUCAGAGAAACAUCUUUACUUGACCCAGAUCUUUCAUUGCUUGUCUUCAGUCACCUAAAUAAGUUCAAGAAAAAUCUAAUAAAAAUAUGUUUUAUGCAUUGCUUCUUGGCCCAGCUGAGAGAACCCUCAUGUUAAAAAGUAGGAAGCAGUUUUGAAGCAAUUCCCAGUGUCUUUAGAAGCAUUCAUGGUUAAAAAGCAACGACGACAACCUCCUCCGUUCGAGCUGAGCACUGGUCAUAGUCCAAGUUGAGCAGUAGGUGUCGUCCAAGUUCAAAGAGGGUUGUAUGCAAGUACAGAAGUUUGUUUGAGUGAGAAAAAAUGCGGGGUUUUGACAAUAUUCUGUAUGAUUCAUUUGUUCAUCCUUAGAACUUGGCAAAAUUCAGUCUAUUUUUCUAUGAUGGAGGCACACAUGAAGUCCUGUGCAAUGGUUA